CCCUCCCUUCCUCCCUGGGCCGCGCGGGAUGCACCUGCGCCCUGCAGGCCAAAACCAGUAUCUGUGCACCAUGAGAUGCCCCAGGGCCUACGAAGUGCUCGAAUAUUCGGCUGCAGAGGAUGUCAAUGUUACUUUUGAAGAUCAACAGAAAAUAAACAAAUUUGCACGGAACACAAGUAGAAUCACAGAGCUGAAGGAAGAAAUAGAAGUAAAAAAGAAGCAGCUCCAGAACCUCGAAGAUGCCUGUGACGACAUCCUGCUUGCCGGUGACGACUGCUUGAUGAUUCCGUAUCAGAUUGGAGAUGUUUUCAUCAGCCACUCUCAAGAAGAAACCCAGGAAAUGUUAGAAGAAGCAAAGAAAAACUUGCAAGAAGAAAUCGACACCUUAGAAUCCAGGGUGGCAUCAAUUCAGCGGGUCUUAGCAGAUUUGAAAGUUCAGUUAUAUGCAAAAUUUGGCAGCAACAUAAACCUUGAAGCUGAUGAGAGUUAAACAUUUUAUAAUACUUUUUUAAUUUGUUUAAUAAACUUGAAUAUUGUUUAAAAUGAUAA